UCCUGUACAUAUAAAAAUAAGAAGUGGUAUAUAUCGAUGCCAAUGAGACAACGAAUCCAUCCAUCAUGUCCAAGACUCAAUGCAGUGAAAUAAUGUACAUUGUAAGUGUAUACACCAUGUUAUAUGGAAACCUGGGUUGAUUUUCCUUUUUGAUUCUUACAAAAUAGCAGUAGUGGUAAUCUUAGUAUUUUAUUUUUAGUAGCGAGUGAUGCUUUUGUAUAUCUUGGCAACUUCAAAUAAAAUUGAGUGAACAAAUACUGUUUUAAAAUUCAUGUAAAUAAUAUAAAUUGAACAAAAGAAGAUGGGGUAUGAGUGCCAAUUAGACUCUUAAUCGAAGAUUUAUUGUACAUGUAUUUAAUUCAUGUUAAUUGUAUAUAUUUAGUCAGAUUCAUCAUUAUUGUAUCCAUGCACUUGUAAUUGACAGAAGUAGUGAAUACACUAUUUACUUUUGUCUGUCUCAUGAUGAUGGGUGGCAAGGUCCUCACAAGGUUGGUGUCUGUCUCAGAUGGUCAUUCUUAACCUUUUUAAGAAGGUAAAAAUGUACUAAUGGGUGUGGUUUCAUUAUUUUGGUAUUUUGCUUUUAACAACAAGUGACACUUUUUCAAAUCCUGGCAGUUUGAAAUAAUAAGUAACUACAAAUAGGGGCUGGUGCACACUUAGUUACAGAUGUCACCAUCAUGUGUACCUGUAUAUGCUUUGAAGUUAUGCAUUGUAUACAAAAUGUCUCCAGGAGCUACAUGUAGCAUGGUCAGAUAGAUGUCAAGAAAAGAUAUUUUGGUCUCCUAAGAGGGAUAUAUAAUCGACAGUUUAUAAAUUUAUGUAAAUUUUUACCCAAAGGUUUGAAUUUUAUUUAAAUUUUUUUACCAACUAUAUAGCUAACUGACAUUGAAAUUAGCAAUAAAUGAUUAAAAAAUGUAUAACUAUUUUCACUGUUUCAUUACAGGUUUUAUAGUCUGUUGGUUAUUUGAUUAUAAGUAGUCUGGAUAUACCAUUAUAAAAUAGGAUGGCAGAAGGAAAUGGAAGAGAUCUACCUGAAAAUAGUGAAGCAACAUGGGCGUUGGCUGUUUGGAAGGAGCAGGGUGAAGAGGAGGAGGGAACUUUACCACUCUCUUGGAUUGGAGAGAAACACAUCAUGUGGCCACCUGGCACCAAUGUAAAAAGGUUAAUGAAAGAGAUGAAAAAACCAAGUGACAACUGGAUGAAGUUUGAGUUGGUAAAAAUCAAGUUUAAAUCUAACAAAAGAAAAGAAUGUGAAGAUUAUGACUUUACCACUACAGCUGAAUUAUCUCCUGAUGAAGCUGAUAGUGAUCAUGGGAAAAAAAGGAUACUUAAGAAAAAAGUGUUCCAAGACUUUAUUACAGAAAUUGGUAAUGAAGAAGGCACAAAAGCUACUGAUAAAUCAGUUGGAGCAUCUAAAAAUGGAAAAAAUAAGGAUAAGGGUGAAAGUCAAGCUACUGUUCCAAGAAACCAAGAAAAAUCUUCAUCAAUGCCGAAGCCUCCCACAAAGUUAAUUGAAAGAAACGCACAGUGCAAAGAAUUGGUUACAGAGAAGAAGAGUUCCAGUCAGACUUCUAACCACAGAGAUUCUAGAUCGCCAUCAAAAAUUGAGUUCCAGGAAAAUACUUCAACACCAGCUGCAAAAAAUAUACCAUCUGGCAGAAAGACGAGUAACAAUUCAGAGACAUUUCCAAUGUUUGAUGAACGUUUCCAGAGAAGAGUAUUGUUUUUACUAACAGAAACAAGAGACCUGCUGAAAAAAAAUCAGUGUGCCACAACUGCACAGACACACUGUGAACUUGAAAGGGCGGAAACCUUAGAAGAAUUUUUUGAAUUGGAAAAUGCCUUGGAUGAUGUAGCUCAGCAGACAAGAUUGACAGAAUAUUUGAGAAGAAUUGGAGGUGCUGGAAGCAGUGACCUAAUGAAGAAAGCCAUGACAAGAAUGAUGUCAAACAUUGUCAUGGCAAGAAUGAACCUAAAAGGGAAAAAGAAUAAGAUAGCUUUCCUAAAAACAAAGCUUUACAAAGUGAUCUCAGGAUGCGUAAUGAUGGUGUAUCCUGAGAUCACAGAAACUAAAGUAAAGGAAGAUAUUGGGAAGUUUUUAAAAUAUGCCCCCGAGAGAGCUGGAGGAGGGGGAAGGACCAGCAAAGAUUAAUCCAAAU